AAGCUGCCAUUUCGAUAUGGAAACAAGUAUCGAUGAAGUGAAUUCGAUAAAGAUCGCCACGCUGGGAAACGAUAUACUGAUAGAUUGAGCCUCAAGUAUCGAUAUCAUAAACAUCGGUAUGAAAAUAUCGUACAAAUCUAAUAAUUCAGGCGAGUCAGGACUCAUUUUACAGGCCAAAAUUUUCCCUUGAGAAUGAAAAAAAAUCUUGAAUUUUACCCAGAAAAUGUCGACAUAUUUUGAAGGGUAAAACCGCAUGAAUUUGGCAACUUGUAAGGGGAGAAGAAAAUCUGACACAUCGAGAGAGGUUAUGGUUCGCUGGAUUCUGACGACAACAGGACGUCAGUCGUGAGAAACAAAUGUGUGUUGUUAGAGGAAUGAUUGUUAGACAUUAAGGGAUAAUGUGGACAAUUAAGACUCCGUCGUUGCGGAUCGACGUUGCGGAUUUGAAAUGUAAAAAUGGAUGUGGAUUUUUUGGAAAUGACGAGUGGGAAGGAUACUGCAGCAAGUGUCAUCGUGAGUAUCUGCAGAGGAAGCGAGCGAAGAGGGAGAGGCAGACGAGGGCACAGAAUCAUGAAGGGGAUGCUGUCAAACAAACGACACCCCCGGGUAUAAGCAAAGUAGAAGAGAAAAAACGUCAACAAGAGAAGAAGAACAAGCUUCUAAACAUCUCUGCCUUCUGGAAACUACCCUCAAAGCCCCAGGGCUACGACGAUCUACUGAAGGAGCUCGUCCACAACAAUGAGGACUUAGACAAGGUCAAGUCCGAGAACAUGGACCUGAUGCAGCUGAUCAGCAAGACACCAGCUGAGAAAGAUGUGAAGAGAUGCAUUCACACUCUAGUCUCCAAUAUUCUUCAGAACAGAAAUGCUAAGAGGAUCGAGGAAUUGUCCGAGAUCACGCAGAAUUUCUAUCAGGUUUUCGGAAAGAGGAUGGAGAAUAGUCCUAAUUAUGCUGGGAUAUCACCAGAGGUGAAGGAGAGACUUCUGGACUACGUGGAGAGACAUUCAAUGACAGUAUUGUACCGCGUCCUCUUCUGUCCCCCUUUUACAAUCGACGAGGAAAAAGACCUGGCCAUCCAGAACCGAAUUCGACAGUUGAACUGGGUCAGUGGGAAAAAUCUCGAGUGCAGGAUUCACGAGACUAGCCCAGAGGUCAGAGAGCUCGUCUACACCUCCAUCACAGAUCUCUUGAACAUGGACUCAGCAAAGGCACCUCAGGAGAAAUUGACGUGUGUCGUCAACUGUUGCAGAAACAUUUUUCAGUUGCUCCAGCAGUCUGUGGGUGGUCCAGCCUCUGCUGAUGAAUUUCUUCCAGCCCUUAUUUUCAUUGUCCUGAAGGCAAAUCCAGCAAGACUCAAGAGCAACAUCAACUUCAUUACCAGAUUCUGCAAUGCUAGUAGGCUGAUGACUGGGGAGGGUGGUUAUUACUUCACGAAUUUGUGCUGUGCUGUUUCCUUUAUUGAGAAUUUAACUGCGGAGAGUCUCAACAUGUCGGAGAAGGACUUCAAUGCUUACAUGUCUGGGGAGAGAGUGCCAGCAAAUACAUGGGAAUCAGCACUGACCAUUUGUGAGAGCCUUCACAUGAUGUGUGAAGACAUCACUUUGUUGGAUGAACUGAAAGCCAGAAAUGAUGAAGUAGUGGCUGAGGCUGCCAAAUUGCAAGAAGAAAUUGUCGAGUUUCAUAAGAAGAUCGGGGAGGAGGUGAAAGCUGGCCUUGAAAAAUCACCAUUGAUUAUCUCCAGGAGCCAGAGGGUACCGACGAAUAUUGAUUGCGAUGAUGUGGAGGUUUACAAACUCCCUCCACCGAUCAUUCCGCAGCUGUACUCCCAUCACGUUGGACUGGACGAGGCAGACAGUCACACGAACGCCUCUUACACGAAAAAUCCAUCGAUUGACGACUGCAUCACUCCAUCGCCUACUUUUGAUUUCCCUCCAUUCGUCGAUUGCUGUUUAGACACCAGCAAACCCGACGACGACACGAGCUUGAUCAGUCUCGAUGCUCAGUGCGAAUUCUCCAGCGUUGAAAUGGAACCCCUGGAGAAGGCGACACCUGACAGUCUUCUAGAUAAUUUCCAUGAAUCAACGUCCAAUCUUCCGUCUCCACUGACCCCAGCUGGAGUCAACACCGAGGAUUACCAUGGAUUCACUCUCCAAGGAUCUACCAUUCCCACAAUUCCGUGCAAUACCGGCGACUUGUCUCUCACAUCGAACGGUCAUGAUCAUGAUAAUUAUUCAAAUUACUUCAAGAAUAUAUAGGGCCGACCGGAGGAGAGUGAUAAAUCCGGAGAAUUUGACAAGUCGAUUUUUCAAAGUUUUUUUAAUUUUUUGUGGAAUCGUAAGGGGUGGGUCCAACGGAAAAGAGUUGAUUCUUUAAAAAAAAUGUAUUGACAUUUUCACAUGAAAACAGCAGUUGAGGAGCAAAAAUAGUAGUUAACAAAGAUAUAAAAGAAGAGUAUGAUUUUUUUUUUUUUGAUAAAUAAGAAAUCAUCUGAUUGAUGAGCAGCUUCGGAGCACAGUAAACGAAGACUUUUUCGGGUUAAUUUAUUGUCCUUUGAAAAAUACUUCCUAACAUUAUCUCCUGCAAUUUAUUAUCCUCAGAAGAAUAUUAUUUUUGAAGAAAUAUAGAAAAUUUAACAUAGAAGUAAUUAAUUCUUCACAUCUGGUUAACUAUAUAAUUAGAAUGUCGAUAGAUGAUUUCAGAGGAAAAUGUCAAUGGAAGUCCUAGAGUCACUUAUUCUUGAGAUAACAGCAUGAGUACCACAAAUGUCAAAUUACCAGUUUGCUACUGACGUAGUGUGAUAGGAAGAGAAAGACUAGUACAAGGGCUAUUGCAAAAAAAAUAGGGAACUUGUGAGCGAUUGUUACUAUUUAAUUAUGUAUUAAUUCUUAUAAAGAGGAUGAUGAGGUCAUAGGUUGUCUAAUAAAAGAGCUAUUUAAAGAAUCCA